ACCGCUCUGCCUUACUCCUAAGAGAAUACGUCCUCAGCCCACGUCUGCGUCUCCAGCUCGCCUUAACCGGCAAAGUGACCGAGUACACAAGACAAGUCGGAGCCGCAGGUCCGCGCGAGGCCGUGGGUCGCGGGGCCCGUUUCCCUCGCUCGCUCCGCCUGCACGCGAGGCUCCUCGGGCUCACGGCCUCUGAUUACACUCCGUGCAGAAAAAAUAAAUUGGACCAAAGACUGAAACUUUAAAAAACCUCCAAGUGACACCGUCGCUUCUUUCAGAGGAAGUCGUGCGGUGCCUUUAUUCACCGCUCGCCACAGAAAACCCGCCGCCCGAGUUACAGCCCGGCGUCCCCACAGACGCCAGCGCCGCAAACUUUUCCGACAGAAACGCGUGGCGGCCCAGAGACGCCGCCGGCCGCGUCCAGGACCCCGGCCCGAAGCCCCGGGACUUCUCGCCGCACUCCGGGCGCCGCACCCCGGGCCGACCCUCCCCGCGGCCCCCCGAGGCGGCGGCAACCGGCGACGGGCGCGGCUCCGAGCGCCCGGUUUCUCGCAGACCCCAACAUGGCGUCCGCCGCCGCCGCCCGCGCCGACGACACCUCCCCGCGCCGCGGACGGCCCGGGACCGCGGGGGGCGGCGCCGGCGGAGCCCGCCGCAUCCUCCCCGCCGCCGGCCGCCCGCGGACCACCAACCCGCCCGCACCUACCCCGCCGGGCGCGGGCAGCGGCAGCGGCUGCGGCGCCGAAGGUCCGAGUGCUCCUGGUCGCAGACGCCGGGCGCGGCUUAGCCCGUCCGCAGCCCCGGCCUCGCAGGGUGUGUACGGCUGUGGCCCCGCGCAGCCAGCGGGAUCCGGACGCGGCCGGCCCCCGGCUCCGCCGCUCGCAGGUGACGCCCCCGCCCCUCGGGUCGAAGCCCACAACGGCCACCAGGGCGGGCCUCUCUGCGCGCGCACGGACAAGCCCCAGCCCACACGCCGGGCGCGGGCGCAGGCACGAGAGCAGGCGAACCACCCCGCGCGCUCCCCGCCCCUUCUCCCCUCCCUCGCCCCGCCCUCCCGUCCCGCGCGUCGCGCUCGGGGGCGGGGCCCGGGGGAGGCCGCGCCCACCUGCGCAGCCCUGGGGGCGGGGAGGGGGUUCCCCUGGCUUAAUUGCGGUGACGCGAUCAAGGAGCUGUGGGCAGCGCGUGGGGCGCAGCUCCUAGCUGCCGGCUUGGGGAAGUCCUUGGAAAAGACACUAUUCAGCUGUCAGCAAAGUUCUCGGCAACACUGGAAAAAUGAAAGGAAAUCCCGCCGGGUGUGGUAGUGCACUCGGGAGGCUGAGACAAGAGGAUCAUUGCGAGUUCUAGGCCAGCCUGGGCUAGAGUCAGCUCGAGCUCCCAGUGUGAGAGAAGCAGCUCAAACCUACAGAGGCAGCUAACUGCCGGUGAUUCCAGAGGCCUCCACAAAGAAACAUUCUAGUGGAAUGAAGCAGAAGAUGCCAUAGAGUGCACUGACUGAUCGGCGGGAUCAAAUCUUUCCCACUGUUGAAGGAUAUGGCCUAAUGGUGAAGACCCUGAAAUCUGUUGGGUGCUUUUCAGGAUAUUUCCCAUGACAUGUCUUGGAGGUGGGCAAGUUUGAGACAGGGUCUUGUUCUGUGACUCAGGCUGUCCUUGAAUUCACUAUAUAAUGCAGGCUGCCCUUGAACUCAUUGUGAUACUCCUGUCUCAGCCUCCCAAGUGCUGAGAUACAGGUGUGCACCACUACACCUGGUGCCAUGGUACAUCUUGAGAGCUAGGGAGAAAGAAAACUGGUCUGGGUCUUUCACCAGGCAUCCUGUGCAGAAAAAGGAGACCCAUGGAGUUCACUAAAUCCCUUGUGAUAUUCAAGUGUGAUAUUAAGUAGCCCAGUUCAGUAUAAUGGCACAUGAAAAACCAGAUUUGCAAUUUUGAAGAAAAUCAAAACGGUUUCAUCAGAUCACUGAUGCAUGGGUAAUGAAGAUGACUCAUUACGGUGAAAUACAUGUUUUCAUGGCAGACGAGUGGUGUGGUUGGAUGACGAUGAUGAUGACAAUGAUGCGACUUUGACACUGGCCGUGUGUUCCUAUGACAGUGAAGUAAGGCAAGAAUUAAUUAAUACAGACACAUAGUAUACAGGCCACCUUGAUUCAGGUGACAAAGAAAACAACAACCUGAGUACAUACUUGACUGGUCAAAAUGUUGUGAAAUGGCCACACAACCAAAGGGAAAGAUCCAAUGUUAGAACUAGGUCUGAAAAUAUAGUGCAGAUCUUCGCAGGGAUGAAUACUGGAAAUAUUGGACAGAAUGCCAGCACUGCCAUUCAUGUUGGAAAUUAUAACAGACAAAAUGAUAAAAGAUGCUGUGAAAUACACAAAGGUUAAAAUGCAGGUAAAAUUUUCUCUAUGCACUGAUAGGAAUGCUUAAAAUGUAUUUAUUAUGACAUCUCACUAGCUGAACUGAAAGCAUUCAUAGAUCUGCAGUACUUAGCAUUGAUUUCUCAUGGUGAUUGCAGGAAUGUAAAAGACUUACGGAACAGUGAUGGGUCAAGAUGCGUUGUAAAAAUUUAUGCCCUUACAGGUGUGAAGAUAUUAUUUUAAUUUAGAUAUUUAUCCUGGGACUCAGCCAUCAGAUCCUUAUGUAAAGUAACAAACCAAAUGAUGUAAACAGACUCGUUGCUUCUAUCUCCCAAACUAAUCAGAAUGUGACAUGCAAAAAUUGGUUUAGCAUUUUCCAGUUGAUGUUAUGUUUGAUAACAGAGCCCAAGUUGACCAGUACAGAAACUGUGCACAGCAACAAAGCAGAAUUUCCAAAUGAAAGGUUGCAAUUUGAAAACAAAGACACUUAUAGGGCAAUAUUUGAGUUUCAGAAAGAUAAAACAUUGGCCUCAUACGUGGCAAAGAAAAUCGAACUGGUGCUGAUGAUGUCAUCACGUUACCGUGAUGGAAAUAUUGAUAGAGAAACCUCAAUAAAAUGGAAGUCUGAGAUAGAAGCUUUCAAUAACAAAACCAAACGUGGAGUAGAUAUUGUUUAUGAGUUAUGCAGCAAUUAUGAUGUCACUUGAAAUACAAAACAUUGGCCAGUAGCUGUGUUCUACUUGAUCCUAAAAUAGUGUGGCAUAGUUUGAUAGUUUACAAAGGAAAUAACAGAGCAAAAUAUCACAGAAACAUUUUCUUAGAGGACUGGAACUCAUGAGAGAUCGUUUAUAGCAGAGAAAAAACUUUCUGCCUGGGGAACUAUGCAAAAAAAUUCUGGAGCACACUGGUAAGCUGACAGGUGAACAGGUAGGAGCAGCAUCACAAAGGCCUACUGCAACAACAGGAAAACAAAACAUGUCAAAUAUGCCCUACAAGAAAGUACAGGAAAAGAGUGCACAUGUGUGUGCUAUCAGGGUAAGCGGUACUUAUGUAGGGAACAUGCAGUUGGCACAUGUGAAGACUGCCUUGGGUGUGACCGUUGAAGCAAAACUUACUUCUGUGGCAGACUUUUGUUUGUGUUUACACUGCAGUUCACGUAGGUUUUUACUUUAGACAUUAUCUUUAGCUUUUAUAAGCAAAUAGACAGCUGACGUGAAAAUAUUGAUGUCUAUGCUAAGUACUUACCACAUAUUUGAUAUUUUAUCUUAUUGUAAUCUUGUUCCCUUGCUAAGUAGAUGUUAUACAAUAUACUAGGAAGCUCCUGACAUGUGUGGAGCGUGCAGUUAUGAAGACUGCUUGGGUGUGACAGAGGAAGCAAACCUUUCUUUUUUCUUUCUUUUUUUUUUUUUUGGAAACAACUUCCUGCCUUAACCUCCUGAGUGCUGGAAUUACAGGCAUGCACCACCACACCCAGCUCAAAGCUUAUUUUUGUGGUAAAGUUUUAUUGGUAUUUUCAUUGUAGUUCAUAUAAGAAUUUAUUUCUGAUGUUAUCUUUGAGGUUUUGUAAGUAAGUACACAGCUGAUGUGAAAAUGUUGAUGUUUAUUCUAAAUGUACCGUACAUAUUAAGAAUUUACUAAUUUAUUUAAUUGAUAUUUUAUGUUCCUGUUAACCACACAUUGUAUAUGACAGUAAGAACCUCCUGACAAAACAGCAAGUUCACCGAGUUGUCAAGUAUGUCCUACAGAAAGGCCAGGAAAGCCAAAGACAUGUGCUGUUGGCGUAAGCAGAGCCUGUGUGUAUGGAAUGUGUCGUUGUCGUGUGCAGGCUGCCAUAAGUGCAGUAAUUGAAGUAAAGACUGUUUUUAGAGUUCUAUCGGCGUAUUGGAGUUUAUUUCUGAUGUUCCAUUUUAGACUUUGUACACCAAAAACCAGUCAAUGUUGAAAAUUUUGAUGCUUUUUAAAUAAACACCCAAUACAUAUUAAAAACUCAA